GCCAAAUUCAUCUGCAUCGCAGAAAAUCGCAUGGAUCCCAUCUUACAUGACUUAAAUUCUGCUCAACGAGCGGCGGUAGCAUCUCCUGCUUCAAUCCUACAAGUGCUCGCUCCGCCAGGCUCUGGAAAGACGAAGACAUUGACAGCACGCGUCGCGUAUCUCCUAUCGCAUUAUGGCUAUCGACCGCAAGAUGUCAUCUGCUGUACAUUCACCAUCAAAGCGAGCCGUGAAAUGCGCGAACGCAUUGCACGGCUCAUAGGUAAUGACGUGGAGUCGAAACUGGUCUUGGGCACUUUCCAUUCGAUAUGUCGCAGAUAUCUCGUCACUUACGGGUAUCUGAUCGGGUUACCAAAGGGAUUUGGGAUUGCCGAUUCGGGGGAUAGUAUUGCGAUUAUUAAAAGAAUUAUCAAGCGGCUCAAGCUGAAUAUCCAGCCAAAUACUGCCCGGGCUAGAAUUUCGCAUCAGAAAGCCCAUGGGAUUAGUCCGGCGGAACUCGUGGCGAGAGUCAACAAUGCAAAAAUUCUCGAGCAGCAGGAAUUCGUCAAGGUUUACUGUGAAUAUGAGAUGACGCUGUCAGCUUCUAAUCUGCUGGAUUACGAUGACUUGCUUCUCCGAUGUGCGGACCUCCUCAAACGCCAUCCUCAGUGUGUGUCUAAUGUCCAGGCUGUUCUUGUGGACGAGUUCCAGGACACGAAUCAUAUCCAGUACGAACUGAUGAAUCUCUUUGCAUCCAAACACAAGCGGAUCACCGUCGUCGGCGACCCGGAUCAGAGUAUAUAUGGGUUUCGCUCGGCCGAGAUAAAAAACUUGACACGCAUGCAGAAGCUGUACAAAGAUACGUCUGUGGCGCUCUUGGAAGAUAAUUAUCGUUCCUCUGGUGCGAUCUUGAACUCUGCCCAGGAUGUGAUUGAGCAGGAUGUGUCGAGGCCGGCAAAGAAGCUACAGCCAACUCACUGUGUAGGCACACUCCCCGUGCUGCGGAAGCUUCCCACGGCAGCGGCUGAGGCUGAGUGGCUGGUUCUUGAGAUUAAGAGAUGUAUCGCUAUGACGGGAAACCUUCUUAAUUAUUCUGAUUUCGCCGUGUUGCUCAGGUCCGCUUCACUGUCGCGACAGAUUGAGUCCGAGAUGGGCAAAGGGGGCGUGCCAUAUCGAAUGGUUGGAGGCUCCAGGUUCUUUGAUCGAGUGGAAAUCAAACUUCUUCUGGACUAUCUCAGAGUGAUCAGCCAUACAGGGAAUAGCGAUGCCCUGCUUCGCAUCAUCAACGCACCACCUAGAAAUAUCGGCGAUGUGACGGUGAAGCAACUAUCCAGUGGUGCAGAAAAGGCGAAUGUGCCUCUGUGGAAUUUUGUCAAGGGCGUGGCCCAAGGCAACAGAUCUACCGAGAAGAGCCUUCCGAAAUCGACUGAUCAGGGCUUACGGACUUUUGUCGGCCUCAUUGAGUCUUGCAGACAGAAGCUCCUCGAGUGCGAGGACUGCUCCUCUCCAAGAAGACUCCUAGAAUUCGUCAUUAAGAAACUUUCCUUCAGAGAAUACUUGACGGUGGCAUACCCGUUGGACGAGGAUAAUAGGUGGGCUAAUGUCGAGGAGCUGCUGUGCCAGGCUGAGGAUGCAGCAGUUUCUGGGAGCUCGGGAGAAGAGGAAACACUUCCUGAAAUCCAAGGACUUGACCAGCAGCGAGCUCACUCAGGCGAAGAAGCGUUAUCUCGAUUUCUUGCCAAUGUUGCAUUGGCUACAGAUCUUACCUCACACGAUGCAGCCCAAGGGGAUGAUGAUGAACAGGCGGCACCAGCAAAAGUUACAAUUUCCACCAUCCAUGCCGCGAAGGGCUUAGAAUGGCCAGUCGUUUUUGUACCGUCUGUAUAUGAAGGGAUUAUCCCACACUCAAGGGCCGAAGACUGCGACGAGGAGAGACGACUGCUAUAUGUUGCCAUGACGAGGGCACAAGCGAUAUUGUACCUCAGUUAUCCUCGCCGGCAGCAGUCGAGGAAUAGUAAUAAUGAAGAGACCACCCCGACAUCUUUACUGCCCGCGAAAGUCAUCGAGGCGCGCUUUCGUCCGACAGGACCUAGUUUCCAUGAAAACACGGUGUAUGAAAUUGCAGAUAUCUUGCGCCGGAAGCGGCCUUCUGUGGAAGAUAUGCUCAAGGGACUGGAUACCACACCUCGUGCGCGUGAUGAUAAGUGGACAGAAAAUGGCGAGGAACAUCCGGAUGCCGCCUUUAGUAUGGUCGAUGGAGAAGAUGCACCAUAUCCUAAACGACGACGGUAUGAACAGGACCAGACUUCGGCGUCGACGAUAACAACAGCAACAACAACAACAAAGACGACAUAUAUCUCUUCGUCGACGUACACUUUGAGCAACCCUUCGAACUUUUCCGUGUCCACCACGUUGCCUUCCGGCUUCUCAACGGCUAGAGAGUACAUCGCCAGCAAUCCAAUCUCCAAGCCUGAACCCCCGCGCAAGGAAAAGCCCAACAGCAAACAAAAGGGUGUAAAUGAGACCGGCCGCAAAACGCCGGGACUAUCACAGGGUUCGAUAUCUCAGUUUUUCAGCAACUAUGGCCAAUCAGGACGAGAAGCCACCAAGCAGUCAAAAUCGCGAUCUCAAGGGUCACAGAGUAAGAAGACAGAGACACAGACACGACAGAUAUCGAACCCAGCAUCUGUACGCGCUGUUCAUAUGUUCCCCCCUCAUCUCUCGAACCACCGUCUCCGACCUCAGAUGUCAGUUCCUACCCGUCCGGCCCUGGAACCAUCCGACCCCAAUCGAUACACGUGGCUUACAUCGCCCUCCUCAAACCUUGCUAUGGAGACAGACCCAACGACAUCGACAUCCGAUCAACCGAGCAAAGUGACAUGGGGUGGUGAAUCCCCUUGUGAGACCAUGCGAGUUACAGGUGAUGAAGUCAGAAAGUAUCACCAAGUCCAGGAUGAGUACGAAUCGGGGAAACGGACGGCUACGUUCUACACGACUACCAUGUCGACGCUGGGCCAGUCAGCACAUGCAACGUCGAGUACUGGGAGGAAGACGCUGGGUAUUCGACGGAGCAUGAACGGUAGCUGGGAGGAACGGAUGAAUAGGGAGAGGAUGAGCAGGAAUUAAUUGAGUGAUUGGCUAUACGGCUAUACGGGAAAGAGUAAUUGACCAUAACAUAUGGUUAUAGUGUUGAGUAAAUAAUAUUUC